GUGGCAGGAGCCCUGGCAGGCCAGCCGAGAUACGCCUGGAGGGCCAGACUGUGCGUGAGCCCUGUGAGAGGACUCGGGAGCAGGACCCAGCCCCGAGGCAGCGCUCGUGCCCGCUGGGGGUUCUCCCUCCAGUGCGGCAAGAGCGGGGAAACGCGGCAACGUCAGUCAGGCAGGGGCGAGGUGAGUGUCCUCACAGACCAAGUGGAAGCCCAGGGAGAGAAGAUUCGGGACCUGGAAGUGUGUCUGGAAGGACACCAGGUGAAACUCAAUGCCGCUGAAGAGAUGCUUCAACAGGAGCUGCUAAGCCGCACAUCUCUUGAGACCCAGAAGCUCAACCUGAUGACUGAAGUUUCUGAGCUGAAGCUCAAGCUGGUUGGCAUGGAAAAGGAGCAGAGAGAACAAGAGGAGAAGCAGAGAAAAGCAGAGGAGUUACUGCAAGAGCUCAAGCACCUCAAAAUUAAGGUGGAAGAGUUGGAGAAUGAACGGAAUCAGUAUGAGUGGAAGCUGAAGGCCACUAAGGCUGAGGUCGCCCAGCUGCAAGAGCAGGUGGCCCUGAAGGAUGCAGAAAUUGAGCGUCUGCACAGCCAGCUCUCCCGGACUGCAGCCCUCCACAGUGACCAUGCAGAGAAAGACCAAGAAAUUCAACGUCUGAAAAUGGGGAUGGAAACUUUGCUUGUUGCCAAUGAGGAUAAGGACCGUCGGAUAGAGGAGCUCACAGGGCUGCUAAACCAGUACCGACGGGUGAAGGAGAUGAUGAUGGCAACUCAAGGGCCUUCCGAAAGAACUCUCUCAAUCAAUGAAGAAGAACUUGAGGGAAGUUUCAGAAAGUGGAACACUGCGAAUAAAGGCCCUGAAGAAUUACUUAAACCAGAGAUGCCUCCAAGAUGUAGCUCUCCCACCGUGGGGCCACCUCCACUACCGCAGAAAUCACUGGAAACCAGAGCUCAGAAAAAACUCUCGUGUAGCCUAGAAGACCUGAGAAGUGAACCUGUGGACAAGUGUGUCAAUGGGAACCAGCUCCCAGGGGUAGAAGCCAAGGACAGCCCUUUCCUGGUGGAUCACAAAUACCCCACAUUCCCUGGGAAGCCUUCAGGAGCUACGCCCAAUGGAGCGGCUGCCAAGUCGACUCCCACUGCCCCCCAUCCGGAGCCCACAGGGAGCAGCCUGCCGAGGCUGAGAGACACAGAAAGUGGUUGGGAUGACACUGUCGUGGCCAAUGACCUCUCAUCCACGUCAUCGGGCACUGACUCAAGCCCCCAGUCUCCCCUGACGCCAGAUGGUAAACGGAGCCCCAAAGGCAUCAGGAAGUUCUGGGGAAAGAUCCGAAGAACUCAGUCCGGGAACUUUAACACCGAUGCCCCAGGGAUGGCAGAAUUUCGACGAGGUGGGCUCCGGGCAACUGCAGGGCCGAGGCUCUCCAGGACCAGAGACCCCAAGGGUCAGAAAUGUGACGCCAGUGCCCCCUUUGCCCAGUGGAGCACCGAGCGCGUGUGUGCGUGGCUGGAGGACUUCGGUCUGGGCCAGUACGUGAUCUUUGCCCGGCAGUGGGUGACUUCUGGCCACACUUUACUGUCAGCUACCCCUCAGGACAUGGAAAAGGAGUUGGGAAUUAAGCAGCCUCUGCACAGGAAGAAGCUGAUUUUAGCUGUGAAAGCUAUCAACACCAAGCAGGAGGAGAAGUCUGCCCUGCUGGACCACAUCUGGGUGACACGUUGGCUUGAUGAUAUUGGCUUACCACAAUACAAAGACCAGUUUCACGAGUCCAGAGUCGAUGGGCGAAUGCUACAGUACCUAACUGUGAAUGAUCUCCUCUUUUUAAAAGUUACCAGCCAACUACAUCAUCUCAGUAUCAAAUGUGCCAUUCAUGUGCUGCAUGUCAACAACUUCAACCCCCACUGCCUACACCGGCGGCCAGCUGAUGAGAGUAACCUUUCUCCUUCAGAAGUUGUGCAGUGGUCCAACCACAGGGUGAUGGAGUGGUUGCGAUCUGUGGACCUGGCGGAGUACGCACCCAACCUUCGUGGGAGUGGUGUCCACGGAGGCCUCAUCAUCCUGGAGCCACGCUUCACUGGGGACACCCUAGCUAUGCUUCUCAAUAUUCCACCACAAAAGACACUCCUCAGACGCCACCUAACCACCAAAUUCAAUGCCCUGAUUGGUCCUGAGGCUGAGCAAGAAAAACGAGAGAAAAUAGCCUCACCAGCAUACAUGCCACUGACCACCACAGCCAAAGUCCGGCCAAGGAAGCUAGGAUUUUCGCAUUUUGGAAACAUAAGAAGAAAGAAAUUCGAUGAGUCGACGGACUACAUUUGCCCCAUGGAGCCCAGUGACAGUGCUGGUGACAAUUCCAGGGCCUACAGUGGCUACCGGGGCCUCAGCCCCCUCGAUGCCGCUGAACUGGACGGGCUGGACCAGAUGGCCCCUUCGGAAGGCACUGUGACGCAGAUAGGGCUCCUCUCCCAAGACAUUCACCGCCUCACGACUCUGCUGAGCCAGGACCAGCUGCUGAGCGACUCUCGCCUGGCCGCUCCCAGCCCUGAGGACUGGAGGUGACUUUCUUCGUGGCCAAGAGCCCAGAGAGCCACGCAUGGGGGCCCCGGGUCUUUGCGUUGGGGAGCUGGCGUGGCCACCCGCAGAGCCCAGACGGGCUGGCAGGACCCCUCGGAUGUGCGCACUGACAGGAGCGAGCAGAGCGGUGAACAGAUGUCCAGGAGGGGGCCCCGGGGGCCCUGCGUUUUCAGCCGCGCUAGGCUCUUCACCACAGCUUUUAUACCUUUUGUACUUUUAUACAUGGAUUGCCCCCCACUUCUGUGGGGAGGGCAGUGAGACGUCAGCACAGACUCAAUGGCCCCUGCUCUUCCUGGUGAUGUUUGGGAGGUUCUUACGCCAA